UCGGAAUCAUUAUGAGCCUCUCUCCAUUAACGUUUUAAACAAUUUUCCGAAGGCCAUCAACGUUAACCGUUCUAGAUUGUUCCAACAAAAUUUCAUCGCAUUUCGGAGUGUUUUCUCCGAUCAUUGCCUUCUCUUUUCCGGCGCCGAUCCGAUCAACCUAAGGAGAUUGUUGAGGGAUCAAAAGAUGAGUCAAGUAUUUGAAGGUUAUGAGCGGCAAUACUGUGAGAUAUCUGCUAAUCUUUCGAAGAAGAUUACUUCAGCUAGUGUCCUUGAUGGCGAACAAAAGAAACAGAAACUAUCUGAAGUUACUGAAGGAUUAGAAGAUGCUGAGGCACUGAUACGUAAAAUGGAUCUAGAAGCUCGGAGCUUGCCCCCGAGUGUGAAAGCUACACUUCUUGUCAAGUUGAGAGAGUACAAAACAGAUUUGAACAAUUUGAAAUCAGAAGUGAAGAGGAUCGCAUCGGGUAAUGCCAACCAAGCAGCUCGGGAUGACUUGUUGGAAUCUGGAAUGGCAAACACAUUGACGGCAUCAGCAGAUCAACGAGCAAGGCUACUGAUGUCAACUGAAAAAUUAGGUAAGUCGAGCGACAGGAUCAGGGAAGGUCGGAAAACAAUGCUUGAAACGGAGGAGCUUGGCGUCUCAAUUCUUCAGGAUUUGCACCAGCAACGUCAAGCCCUCCUGCACGCACAUAACACUCUUCAUGGGGUGGAUGAUAACAUUGGCCGGAGCAAGAAAAUUCUGACCAACAUGUCAAGACGGAUGAGCAGGAACAAAUGGAUCAUCGGCAUUAUCAUUGCAGUCUUAGUAAUCGCCAUACUUGUCAUUCUCUACUUCAAGUUGACCCGCCGCUGACUUCAACUGCAGGAAGUCCCUUGGUUUUCUCGUCAUUCAUUACACGACGCCCAAGUGUAUUUCUAUGCCCUUGAUUUGUUGUAAUCAUGAGGUGUGUGGAUUAUGUUUUUCAUUAAUCUGUUUGAAGGCCCAGUUUAUAUGUCAUCCUCGGAGUUGUUUCCAUGUCAAAUAAAUCAAUAUUUGACUCA